GCGUGGCUUUGGCUGUCCCUUCCUUCCCUUUCGAUCCAGCCUAGGCCGCCAUUUUGGCGCUGAGGUUUGGCGAGCGGAGGGGCUGGGGUCGGUGCAGCGGCCGCCGAGUUCCCCGAACCCGAGCUGGGCCGGAUCGGGCCUGUAGUCGUUGUCCGCGGGAGGAAGCGCGAGGAGAUGCGCCGCCACUGAGGGGGAGACCGAGGCCCGCCCGCCGCCCUUCCUGAGCCCCUCGCCCGCCAUGUCGUCAGCAGCCCGCUUUGACGCGUCGGACCGCUCGGCCUGGUACGCGGGCCCGCUGUCGAGGGCAGAGGCGCAGUCCCGGCUGCAGGGCCAGCGCCACGGCACCUUCCUCGUGCGCGACUCGUCCACCUGCCCCGGCGACUACGUGCUGUCGGUCUCGGAGAACUCGCGCGUCUCGCACUACAUCAUCAACUCGCUGCCCGGGCGGCGCUUCAAGAUCGGCGACCAGGAGUUCGAGCACCUGCCGGCCCUGCUCGAUUUCUACAAGAUCCACUAUCUGGACACCACCACCCUCAUCGAGCCCGCGCCCAGGUAUCCAGCUCCACUAAUGGGAUCUGGAUCAGCCUCCACUGUGCCUGCUGCGGAAGAGAAUGUGGAAUAUGUUCGGACUCUUUAUGACUUCCCUGGUAAUGAUGCAGAAGAUUUGCCAUUUAAAAAGGGGGAGAUACUGGUCAUUGUAGACAAGCCAGAAGAACAGUGGUGGAGUGCCAGAAACAAAGAUGGCCGUGUUGGGAUGAUCCCUGUUCCUUAUGUUGAGAAGCUUGUGAGAUCUUCCCCACAUGGGAACAGGAAUUCCAACAGCUAUGGGAUUCCUGAACCUGCCCAUGCUUAUGCUCAGCCUCAGACCACAAAUCCUCUUCCCAAUGUAUCUAGUGCUCCUGGGGCAGUGAUCAACCCACUUCCAUCAACACAGAAUGGACCAGUCUAUGCCAAAGCGAUUCAAAAGAGAGUUCCAUGUGCUUAUGACAAGACUGCCUUGGCAUUAGAGGUUGGUGAUAUUGUGAAGGUCACAAGGAUGAAUAUAAAUGGUCAGUGGGAAGGUGAAGUCAAUGGUCGGAAAGGUCUUUUCCCUUUCACACAUGUCAAAAUAAUUGACCCUCAGAAUCCAGAUGAAAACGAGUGAUUCACAUUGGCCAAUUUCUGCAUUGCUGCUUCAUUUUCCUGGCUAUCACGAGCAUCGUUUGAAGUGGGAUGAUGACUGUUAAUGGUGUGUGGUAAGCAUAGCCAGUUGCCUAUUUCCCAGUUGUUCUGAUUUGACAGCCCUGUCAUUUGUUUGGAAUGCAUACAGCUGAAGUUGCUUGUUGGUGCUCAUAUGGACAGUUGCAUCAUUCAAAAUUUAGUCACUCCUAGAAGAAUUUUGGACCUUAAGCUGCAGAAGAUAAGUGGUACCCACCCACCCCCCGAGCAGCUGGGGGCAAAACAUCAGCAAUUGCUGCCGAGGCAUCCACAAACAACAGUCAACUCUGAAGGCAAAUUCUAAGCAUCUCUACCAAUACGGAGUGACGAUGACAAAAAUUCUAUUUUAUUUUUCCCUCUGCAGGAGGAAAGACUUGGUUUUAGAGAGAAGAAACUGUUAAAGCAGCAAUGCAUUUGGAAUAAUAAUCUCUAGGCUAUAUAAUUGGAGUUUGUGUUAACAAGACACUUUUUUAUGAGUUUGUCAUAAACAACUUUGUCAUAAACAACCAUAAAACCUAGAAACAACUUUGGAAUGACAGCAAAGCAUCAUUUUAAAGUAUUGCACCACAGUAGAGGCUUUUAUUUAUAAGUGACAGCAGACAUGUCAGUUUGUCACAUCCCUGCCUAAAAUCCAGCAUUUAAACUUUCAUUGAGGGAUUGUUUGCAAAAUCACUGAAGACAGUUGGUUUUAAUAACUUUUUUAAUGGUCCCUAGACUUUUAAACGAGAUCUUAGAACACUUUAAUUCUCACACCAUACACAAAAGCUUGGGUGAAAUGGCACUUUCUGCCUCUUUAAAAACAAAAACAAAAUUCCUCACCAAGCAUUGAUAAUCACUAAUCAAGAAUACAGAUAAAAAUUAAAAGGUAUCACUUAGACAUUUUAACUCUUCUGUGCCCUGCUGUGUUAACCAAACUGUAGCUUCUUUGCUUUAGGUGUUAAACAUUGUAACCAGGAAUAGAAAAUGCAGAAAGUUGAAUUGGCAGUUGAGGAAUCGACUCCCUAAAUGCUCAUUUUUAAAUCUUUUAAGGAUUUUGGACUUGAGCCCCAGGUUCAACUCAGUGUUAAAGUGCCUUAAUUUGAGGACGAAAGGCGCUGAUGGCGUGCAGUUUCAGCAAAGAAUUCAGAACUGAACACAUUCAAGUCUCAAAAGUGUUUCAGUUUGUUGACUUUUAAAACUGUGGCUACUGGUCUGGAGAAAGCUCUCUCAGCAAAAGAGAGAGCAGUUUUACUGCCAAAUAAGUGUACUGUGAAUUAGACUAGCCUCAAUGCUCCGGAAAGUAUUUCCGCCUUAGGGGUAGAGACCUUCUGCCUUCUGUAAUGGAAAGUUCUGCAGCUAUUCACUAGAACUCCCAGGUGUUCCUGUUGAUUUGUCUUGUUACUGCAGAAUAGUACUACUGAGCUUUGCAUUAUGAAUAUUUAAGCUGCACUAAGAAUCAGUCGGCCAUAAGAUAAUCCUGCUACACAGCUGACCCCAACACUCACUUCCGGUGAUGCUGUGUGACCCUCCUUGAAAAUACUGUGUGGAUGCUUUUUAACUUGCCCACUUGGUCCUGGUGCUUUCCAGACAUGCUUCCUUCUGCCAGAUAGAUACUUGAUCCAGAAUCCUCUGCUAAACCCAUUUUAGGAUUGCAAAAAAAUAAAAGAGGCAUCUAUGCAAGUGAGAGUUGAGCUACUCCCAAGCAAUACUCCCUCUAAGCUGUGGAGUCUUGUGAGCAAACAUUCUACUUUCUGAGCUAC